AUGAGCCUCAACGGGUCCCCAGAGGAGAAUCCUGAGGGAGAUGCAGGGAGAACAGGGCGGAAGCCCACAGUGAGAGAUGCUUUCAAAGACAUUUCCAUAUACUUCUCCAAGGAAGAAUGGGUGGAGAUGGGAAAAUGAGAGAAAAUUUGCUAUAGGAAUGUGAAAAGGGACUAUAAUGAGCUGAUUAACAAAGGUCGCAGAGCCCCUCGACCAGCUUUCAUGUGUCACCGAAGGCAGGCCAAACUCCAUGUGGAUGACCCUGAGGAUUCCGAUGAAGAAUGGACACCAGGCAGAAAGCAAGUCAAACCUCAUCGGGUGGCCUGCAGAGUGGAAAAGAGUAAACACCAGACGGGAAUGUCCAGGGCACCAUUAAGUAAUGAAUCUAGAUUGAAGAAAUUGUCAGCAACAACAGUUUCACUAAACGCAAGUGACUCAGAGAAGGCCCAGAAACGAGUGUCCCCUCCUGCAGAAGCAAGUACCUCUGGACAGUGUUCUAGAGAAAAAAUGGAACUCAGGAGAGAGGAAAUUGAAUUGAAGACGUAUAGCCUGCGAGAAAGAAAAGGUCGUUCAUACAAAGAGGUCAAAGAGCCUCAGGAUGAUGACUACCUGUAUUGUGAGCAAUGCCAGAACAUCUUCAUCGACAGCUGUCUGGCUCAUGGACCCCCUACAUUUGUAAAAGACAAUGCAGUAGCCAAGGGGCAUCCCAACUGCUCAGCCCUCACUUUGCCCCCUGGGCUGAGAAUUGGGCCAUCGGGCAUCCCUGAUGCCGGGCUUCGAGUAUGGAAUGAGGCAUCUGAUUUGCCAUUGGGUCUGCACUUCAGCCCCUAUGAGGGCCGGAUCACAGAAGAUGAAGAGGUAGCCAACAGUGGCUACUCCUGGCAGAUCACCAAGGGGAGAAACUGCUAUGAGUAUGUGGAUGGAAAGGACAAAUCUCGGGCCAACUGGAUGAGGUAUGUGAACUGUGCCCGGGAUGAUGAGGAGCAGAAGCUGGUGGCCUUUCAACAACACAGGAAGAUCUUCUAUCGAACCUGCCAGGUUAUCAGGCCAGGUGAACUGCUGGCCUGGUACGGGGACGAAUAUGGCCAGAAGCUGGGUAUCAAGCAGGGGAGCAAGUGGAAGAAAGAGCUAACGGCAGGGAGAGGUGGGCACCACUAUUAUCCUAUAAAAAGGACAGAAAAGGAAGAAUUCUCCUUGGGAAUUUUCAUGCUGUCACUCUGCGGCACCUACACAUGCACCCCACCCCCAGGCUGUCCUCUGAUCCGAGCGGUGGCUGGUGUGCUGGGUGGCGCCGGCAGAGAGCGGGGCAUUGGACGGAGGGAGCGGUGCGGCCGCUGGGCCCCGCCCGGCGAGCAAGUGGCCCGGGGCGCGCGGCCGUGCCCGGGCGCUGGGAGGCUCACGGCGGCCCUCGUGCAGCCUCUGGCAGAGCUUGGCCCCGGGCGGGGCCCCGGUUGCCCCUGUCGCUCCUCGGCUCCCUCCCCGUCCUGA